AUGGCUGCUACUAGGCUUUUUCUACUCUUCAUUCUUGGUCUACUCGUUUUUCCCACCGAUGGUAGGAAGCUAUUUGUAAGCAAAAAGGGUGCAGCUGGAGAGGAGAAGACCUUCUUCUUCUUUCCUGGUUAUAACGGUGCCGGUAGUACAUUCAAUGGUGGUGGUGGAGGAGGAGGGGGGUUUGGUGGUGGUGGUGGUGGUGGUGGACAAAAUGCGGGAUCUGGCUUUGGUAGUGGAGUUGGAGGUGGGUAUGGGUACGGAAUUGGAGGUGGAGGCGGUGGUGGAGGCGGUGGUGGAGGAGGCGGAGGUGGUGGUGGUGGCAACAAUCUCUUUGGUGGAAUGGGUGGAGGUUCUGGCUUUGGAAGUGGCUUUGGGUCUGGCAGCGGUAGUGGAGGGCUUGGUGGUGGCGGGGGUGGGGGUGGAGGUGGAGGUGGGGGCGGAGGUGGUGGCGGUGGCAACAACCUCUUCGGUGGAUUGGGUGGGGGUUCUGGCUUUGGAGGUGGCUUUGGGUCUGGUAGUGGUAGUGGAGGGCAUGGUGGUGGCGGGGGUGGGGGUGGAGGUGGGGGCGGAGGUGGAGGUGGAGGUGAAGGUGGAGGAAAGGGUGCAGGCAGUGGAUAUGGUGGAGGGUUUGGAGGUGGCGUGCCUUGA